AUGGCUGCGCAAGUUGCAUCGGCUCCGACCAGAACUAAUAGCAAAAAUAAGAAAUUAUCCAGUGGUCUGGGUCCGGAGCUCAUUUCGGGGAAAUCCGGAGGAGGAGGAGGAGGAGGAGGGACCAUACAGCGGACUGGACCGAUGCUGGGUGCCGGAGAUGGGACUCUGAAUAAUGUAGACCAUCACCGCCGAAACGAGCUCAACAUGGUUCAUUCAACUUCCACGACUCACAACGCUCCGGACGGCCCCGACAAGGAUGGGAAUAACCUCACGUCCGCCCCGGCCUCGACUAAUUCAACCACUUCCUCGAUGGAAACGGGUUUGAUCGCGAACCACAAGCUGAAAUGUGUGGGGAGCGGAGAUCCCCCUCAGCCUCAGCCGCAGCAGCAGCAGCCGCCGCCGCAAUUCGGCCAAUUUACGCCACAUCAGCAGCGACAGAUCCAAAGUAACAACAACGGCCAGGGACCCCGUGGGGACAGAGGUAUGGAUCACCAACACCACGGGGGCAAAGAGAACCUGUUGGGGGGCCAGGGGGAGCCACAGCAGCAGCACAUGCCAGGAAAAGGUGAUGGGGACCUCACCUGUAAACCCGCGGAGAGGAUGAUGGGUACCAGGUAUGAACACUCUAACUUGGGGCCAACUGGUAACAACUCUGAGUUUAAUAACAACUAUUACACUCCAAGGCCCUGUUAUGAGCAACAUGGCGGACAGCAGCAACAAAGCACCGGGAUGGGGAUAACGCAUUCCUCGGCACAUAACAGCAUUGAGAACUCCCACGAAGCAGGGUACCACAACAGCCAGUACAAUCAGUACCCGGCGUACCGGGCGGGAUACAGCGGCGGGGCCUACGGAAUGAUGGGGCCCUCUGGUUGCCGGCAAUCUGGGAACAUGAUGAUGGGCAGCAACUCCUCAGCAAGCCACAGCAAGUCUCCCCUGGGAGCUGCUUCAGGUGGCUUUCAGAGGUUCCCAGGACAAACUCAACAGCAGCAUCCCUCAGGAGCCACCCCGACCCUCAACCAACUGCUGACAUCCCCCAGCCCCAUGAUGCGGGGUUAUGGCGGUGCAUAUCAAGACUACAGCGGCCCCACAGCGCAGCAGCAAGCCGGCAUGGGCCUAGGGAAGGACGUGGGGCCCCAGUAUGGAGCCACCUCUGCCCACGGCUGGGGAGGGCAGCAGAGAAACCACCCUCAUUCACUGAGUCCAGGCAACGGAGGGCAAGGCCUCGGCAGGACGCAGGUGUCCUCCAUGGACUUCAUGGCGAUGAAGCGUUCGCAGCUGUACGGCAUGGCCAACAAUCCCUACUCCAGCCCACAACAGCCGGGGCCUUAUCCUCCUAGCCAGACAUACACGUCACCUCCUCCACACAGAUAUCCAAUGAGCAUGCAGGGAAGGGGUCAAAUGGGCAUGGGCGGGAUGCAGUAUCCUCAACAGCAGCAGGUGGCACCAUAUGGCCAGCAGGGGAUGGGCGGUUACAGCCAGCAGCAGCAGCAGCAGCAGCAGCAGCAGGCGGGGCAGCAGGGGACCUCUCCAUACUUUAGCCCCCCUCAGCAGACGCCUCCAGGCCCGACCCAGAGCCCCUACCUGCAGCCUCGACCACCACCACAACAGGCCCAGCAGGAGGCCUACAGCACCAGGGGUCCUGCACCAGGAAACUCUGGUAAGGCCAACAAUGAGGAUGGCGUCCCCCAGGACCGCCCGUCCAGUCUGCCGGAUCUGUCCGGCUCGAUUGAUGACCUCCCCACUGGGACGGAGGCUGGUCUGGGCUCAGCCGUCAGCGCCGGCGGCUCCUCCAGCAGCAACAGCAGUAGCCAAGGGGAGCAGGGAGGGGCCAGCAACCAGGGACAGUCCCCCUUCUCUCCUCACGCAUCCCCCCACCUCCCCAGCCACAGGAGCGGGCCCUCUCCCUCCCCUGUGGGCUCGCCUGCAGGCUCCACUCAGUCCCAGCAGUCGCGAUCAGGCUCUGGACCCAUCUCUCCUGCCAGCGGACCCUCUGCCAACACCAACGCACCAGGUUCCACUAUGGCCACGCAGAACUCUGGAAAUGGACCAGAUGGAGCCCACCCGCCAAUCACCUGCUCACCUAUGGCUCAGGAGAGAGGGUUCAUGUCCAACAUGCAGAGGAACCAGGCUAGCUCCCAGUUUGCUUCUCCUCAGUCCGGACCUCCUAUGUCCCCCCACCCUUCCCCUGGGGGUCCAUUGUAUCCUGGGAUGGGUCCAUACUCCCAGAGCGGCCCCACAGGCCCUUAUGGACCUCAAGGAUCACAGUAUGGACACCAAGGUAAUUACCCUCGCUCCUCCAACUACAGUGGGACUGCCAGUACCAGCUAUAGGCCCGGGCCUGGCAUGACCAACAGUCUGGGAAUGAACUCUAGCAGCCCCAUGCAUGGGCAGGGGCCUGGCCAGCCCAUACCUGUAGGACGCAGCCACGGCCCAGGCAGCCAGAACAGAGUGUACCCGCCCAUGGCUCCCAGCUCCCCCAGCAUGCCACAGCCAGCUGGGCCCGGGAUGGGCCCUCCUUCUCUGGGUAGCUCUAACCGCAAGGCCCAGGAGACAGCAGCAACUGCCAUGUCGGGAUCUGCUAACUCAACACACAACAGGCAAGGCAGCUAUCAAGGCCCCGGCAUCAGCCAGGCGAGCACCAUGGCUACUACUGUCCCCUACAGCCAGCCAACGGGAAACAACAGUUCAGCCAUGGGCAACACACAGGGUCCAGCCUACAGUAUGCCGCCUUCAGGAGUCAUGGGAAUGUCAGGAGACGGGAUGAUGAGCCCAGAUGGGAAACCGAAAACGGACGUAAAAGACGACAGCGGCCCCGCCAGCGAGCAUCACAAACCAAAGCUACAGGAUGGCUACAGCAACAACAACAGCAGCAGCAUCGGCUCCCAGCAGUGUGUGUCCCAGCCAGCUACGCCGGGAGGUGCCCUGCCCGUGCCCUCCCCGCUCUCACCCAGCCCAGCCAGCCUGUCCUCCUACCACGGAGAUGACAGCGACAGCAUCAGCAGUCCUCCCUGGCCCCUCAAGACCCCCUCCAGUCCUAAAGCCAACCCAAACUCCUCCUCCCUCAGUGGGGAGAGAAUCACGCGGCUGUUUGAGCUGGGCGUGGAGCCGGAGAGGCGGGGCUGGGUGGAGCGAUACCUGACCUUCAUGGAGGAGAGGGGUACGCCUGUUGCCCAGCUUCCCACUGUGGGCAAGAAGCCGCUGGACCUCUGGAAGCUCUACAUAGCUGUGCGGGAGAUAGGAGGCCUCGCCAUGGUAAACAAGAACAAGAAAUGGCGCGAGCUGUCCACCAACCUGAACGUGGGUACAUCCAGCAGCUCCGCCAGCUCGCUCAAGAAGCAGUACAUCCAGUAUCUGUUUGCCUAUGAGUGUAAGAUGGAGAGGGGAGAAGAGCCGCCGGCAGACAGCAGCAGCAGCGGUAGCAGCAUGGCUGGAGGGGACAGCAGGAAGCAGGUUAAGAUCCAGCCACCCUCACCUGCUAAUUCUGGUGGCUCCCUCCAAGGCCCACAGACGCCCCAGUCCUCUGGCAGCAGCUCUACAGCGGAGGCAGCAGGGGAUCUGAAACCCCCCACACCUGCUACCACCCCACUGGGACAGGUCACACCAUUGCCCCCCAACAGGAGCAGUGUGAGCGUACAGGACCCCUUCUCAGAGGUGAGCGACCCGGCCUUCCAGAAGCGUGCUACCUCCCUGCCCCCCUCAGGUCCUUACCAGCAAGGCCUCAGCAUGCCUGACAUGAUGAUGAGGAUGCAGUAUGACACCAAGGACCCCUUCGCCGGGAUGAGAAAGAUGGCAGGAGCUGAUCCCUACAUACCUGCCCAGAUGCCUGGCGGCGGUAUGCAGGACAUGUAUGGUCGACCCCCGUCAGCCUUGAGCAUGAGCCAACGGUCACAGUAUCCAUACGGCCCAGGCUAUGACAGGAGACCGGACCAUGUCAUGGGGAUGGAAGGGAGCAUGGGUCCCCCUGGGAGUCAGAACAACAUGGGACCUUCUAACAGUGAGGGCAGCAUGUACUCUCCCAGUAGAUACCCUUCACAGCAGAGACAUGAUGGCUACGGUCAGCAGUAUCCUGGCAUGCCGUAUGGGAUGCAUCCAUCUGGGAUGUACCCACAGCAACAGGGCUACAAACGGCCAAUGGAUGGCAUGUAUGGCCCCCCACCCAAGAGACACGAGAGCGACAUGUAUGCCAUGCAGUACGCCAACCAGCAGCCGGACAUGUACAACCACUACGGGGGUGGGUACUCAGGCCCUGAACACAGACCCAUCCAGGGACAGUUUCCCUUCCCCUACCCCCGUGACCGCAUGGCCCCCUCAGGUCAGAGCCAGCACAGUAUGAUGGCUGGUGGGCCCACUACUAACCAUGCUAACGAUGGCCCCAACAUGUGGCCGUCCAGGACAGACCUCGGCUAUCCCUACCCCAACAGACAGGGGCCGCCAUCACAGAUGCCACCUUAUGGCUCGAUUGGUAGAGAUGACAUGGACGGGCGGCCCGGGCAGGAGCAGUGGCACCGUCAGUCUCCCUACAUGUCAUCAUCAGGUGGCAUGCCUCCCCUGUCUUCACGCCAGCCAUCUUCUUUUUCCAACUCUCCAUCCAUGGCCAACCACCUGCCCAGAGCACCCAGCCCAGGGGCCUUCCAACGCUCCAUGGACUCUAGGAUGUCACCCAGCAAAGCACCGUUCAUGUCACCCAUGAAGAUGCCUAAGCCUGGGAUGACCAUGAUGGGCCCACAGGGCAGUGGACCCCUUGGUCAGUUUCCUCCCAACCUGAGGCGGGACCUCAACUACCCGCCAGGAUCAGUUGAGGCCACCAUGCCUAUUCUUAAGCCCCGACGCAAGCUCACCUCCAAGGACACUGGAACGCCUGAGGCCUGGCGUGUGAUGAUGUCUCUGAAGUCUGGCCUGCUGGCAGAGAGCACAUGGGCUCUAGACACCAUCAACAUCCUGCUGUACGAUGACAGCACUGUGGCCUCCUUUAACCUCUCCCAGUUGCCUGGAUUCCUCGAGCUGAUUGUGGAGUACUUCCGCCGUUGUCUGAUCGAGAUCUUUGGGAUCCUGGAAGAGUUUGAGGUGGGGACCGUGGCUCAGAAAAGCCUUUUGGACCCUGCUGCUAACCAGAAACAAGAAGCCAUCCCUGACCAGGAAACAGACUCUGCUGUUCAACCUGAAGCUGAGCCAGGUCCGGCAGCAGAGACGCGGGUGGAGCAAGCAGGAAGCGCCAUGGAGGAAGCUCUACCUGUCACUGCAGAGCCAGCGUCGGUGGAGGUGAACGGUGAGACGGAGGAGUCUGAGGUGAGCGUAAAGAAGGAGGACAAGAGUGAAGAGGACAGAGAGAAAGAGGGGAAAGACGAGGAAGAGAGUGAAAAAGGAGCAGAGAGUAAAAAUGAGUGUGUUUCCCAGCCUGCAGCAGAGCUAGAACCUAAAGCUAAACAAGCCAGUAAAUAUGAUAAGCUCCCCAUCAAGAUUGUCCACAAAGAGAACCUGAUUGAAGACAUGACUGAGCACUUUGGUUACGUCACUGAGUUCACCAGCGGGUUGCUUCACUGGCAGGCGGGUGGAGGUGAUUCCACCGCACACAUUCAAACACAAUUUGAACCUCGGAGUGACCCACCUGCCAGGGCGGAUGGAAAGACAAGAAAAGAAAACAAAGAGGAAAACAAGGUGGACGAUGGAAAGAAGCAGCCACUGAAACAUAUCACUGCUACUAUUGAUGAUGUUCUGUGCGCACGGGUCGACGCCCUUUCGUAUGCUCACCCCGCACGCUCCUUGCCAUCCUACCCCUUCAGGGUGCAUCUGGAUGGGGAGCAGGACCACAUCACCUUGCUGGAGGAUGAGCCUCGCUGCCUGGACGAGGCCCCGCUCUCCACAGCUUCCGCCUGGCAGGACUCGCUGGCCACGUGCCUCUGCGUCUCCAACAUCAUCCGGAGCCUAUCCUUUAUCCCGGGAAAUGACUUGGAUAUGUCACGCCACCCUGCUCUGGUUCUACUUCUGGGCAGGCUGCUCCUGCUGCACCACCAGCACCCGGAGAGGAAUAGGUCGCCCCCUAGCUACCAGAGAGAUGAGCAGCAGGAGAAGGGGCUGACGAGUAGCAAAGAGGAGUGGUGGUGGGAGUGCCUGAGUCUGCUCAGGGAGAACGCCAUGGUCACUCUGGCCAACAUCUCGGGUCAGCUGGAUCUCUCCACCUAUCCAGACACUAUCUGCCUCCCCAUCUUGGAUGGCCUUCUUCACUGGAUGGUGUGCCCUUCUGCUGAAGCCCAGGACCCGUUCCCAUCAGCAGCACCCCACUCCCAGCUCACUCCCCAGAGGCUGGUGCUGGAGUGCCUCUGCAAGUUGAGCAUCCUGGGCGACAAUGUUGACCUCCUGCUAGCUACGCCGCCUUUCAGCCGACAGGAGAAACUCUUCACUGUCUUGGUCCGGUACGUGGGUCAGAGGAAGGCCCAGGUGUACAGGGAGAUGGCUGUGGCUGUUCUCUCCCACCUGGCACAAGGAGACACCACAGCCGCACGUGCCAUAGCCAUGCAGAAGGGCAGCGUGGGUAACUUGGUAGGCUUCUUGGAGGAUGGUGUUAGCAUGGCGCAGUACCAACAGAACCCUCACAGCUUGCUGCACAUGGGGCACCCCCCUAUGGACCCACCUAGCAUAAACAUGAUGUGCAGAGCAGCUAAAGGCCUGUUAGCUAUGGCUAAAGUGGAGGAGAACAAGACAGAGUUUGUGCUGUAUGAAAGCAGAUUAUUAGACAUCUCCAUUUCCUCGGUGCUCAACGCAGGAGUGGUGGGUGUUAUUUGCCAAGUUCUUUUUCACUUAGGGAAAUCAUGACAAGAGGAGAGGCAGGACUCACAAGGCAAACGCUAAGGUGGACUAGAUAUUUCUGUGGUUUUCUAUUUUUAUUUAUCAAAAUGACAGAAAAUGUUUGUUUUUUUAAAAAGAAAUAUCCACAUAAACAAAAUAUCUCUAUAUAUGUAUAGCUUCUGGGCCCUGUUAAAAAAGUGGGUUUGGGAUCUGAAAGCUCAUUUUAAUACAGAUAUUUAAUACCUGCUGGUGUUCGAUUGCUACGUUUGAUAUUUUGUUUGGCAUUUGUUUUUGUUUGUUUACUUUUUCAGCCAAAGCUGCCACCAGAUUUUGGUGCUGAAUUACGUGGGUUCCUUUGAGGCGAUGAGUCGUUGAGAUGUUUUUCAGUUUUAUAAACGCUAUUACACUCGUCAGCAUUUUGUUAAUGGAGAGUAUUUAUUUAAAAUGUGACACUGUACAGUAGUUUCAACUUUUUUGCCAACACUUAUGGGGGGAAAAAACACUGACUUUUUAAAUUGAAAUGUAUAUGUCUCCAUCGCUGGAAGAUAAAUUGUGCAAUAGAACUAGAGCAAGUUGUCCCUUUUUUGAGAACAACCAGAAGAUGUAAAUCUUUAAAGACACCUGCAGUGUGUGCUUUAGGCCAUAAGGAGGCAGCAUUGCACCAGCCAAUCAACAUGAGAGAGCGUCUGUCAAAAGACGUGUCUAAUUUAUCAAUCAUAGCCUCAAUGACUUUCACAGAUGGACUUUGUGUUUCCUAAGCACUUGUGUUAUGUCUGUAUUUUUUCAUCACUGUGUAUAUAAACCGUUGUACAAUGGACACACAUGAUUCUUUCAGUCUCAAUCAAGCAUAGCAACAGAUGGGACUUUCUGACUAUUAUAACAAAUGCUUUUAUUGUUGGUAAAAUUUGUUAUUGUUAUUAUACAUAUUUUGUUAAUGGGGUCAAAUAUUUGAACAUGGCAGGUGUAACUGAUGUUUCAAUGUAAAAAUUCCUGUAUGCAUUGUAUUAUAGCUGAGAAAACAAUCGCUUUGGUAAACAAACGUGGAAGUGCCAGGGUGAGGGGAUAUCUAGGCGAGGUGACUUAAGAAAACUGAACACAUUUCUGUUUGUUACUGUCCUCCAUUCAUGUCAACGGGCAUAUUUUUGAAUCUAGAUAAUGCUCCAAAAGAAACGUGUGAAAAAGAACCUUCAAAAUGUCCUGAAAGCUCACUGUAAAAUUUGCCUUUUUUCGUAUGACUCCAUGUCUCUCUUUUAUUCAGUAUACACAUUUAUACUCUGUGCUGCACAUGUCACAAAUAAAUGUAAUGAUGAACAUCGUUAAGCACCGGAGACGUUGCAUUAUGUCCAGACAAUCUUAGGCCAAUAAAACGAACAUCAACUGCUUA